AUGGCAUGUCAGUACAAGUCUUUCCUCGUCUUCUUCAUCAGAGCUGGGCUACUCCUGGGCCUGGCCAAUCCACUGGUGACCUCUGCAUCCUGUCCCUCACAGUGUCGCUGUGAUGGAACUUUUAUCUACUGCAAUGACCGAGAGCUGACCUCAAUUCCCACAGGCAUCCCUGAGGAUGCCACUGUCCUUUACCUGCAGAACAACCGCAUUAAGAGUGCAGGUAUCCCCAGUGAUCUGCGCAGGCUAACGGGUGUGGAGAAGAUUUAUCUGUACUGCAACAAUUUGGACGAGUUCCCCACUAACCUGCCUCUGAAUGUCAAAGAGCUCCACCUUCAGGAAAAUAACAUCCGGACUAUCACCCAUGCCUCACUGGCUCAGAUCCCCUACAUUGAGGAGUUACAUUUGGAUGACAACUCUGUUUCAGCUGUCAGCAUUGAGGAGGGAGCUUUCCGGGACAGCAACCACUUGCGGUUGCUCUUCCUGUCCCGCAACCACCUGAGCACUAUCCCCUCUGGCCUGCCAGUAGCCAUUGAGGAGUUACGCUUCGAUGACAACCGAAUCUCCUCUAUCUCUGAGCAGUCUCUGCAGGAUCUUAUAAACCUAAAGCGGUUGGUGCUUGAUGGGAACCUACUGAAUAACAGGGGCAUUGGGGAAAUGGCUUUUGUGAACCUAAUAAACUUGACAGAGCUCUCAAUGGUACGCAACUCCCUCACUUCACCUCCAGCAAACCUCCCUGGGACAAGCCUGGAGAAACUGCAACUGCAGGAUAACCACAUCAACCAUGUGCCAUCAGGUGCCUUUGCUUUCCUGCGGCAACUCUACCGCUUGGAUCUGUCAGGUAACAACCUGAGCAGUCUGCCCAUGGGCGUCUUCGAUGACUUGGACAAUCUCACACAACUGUUUUUGCGUAACAACCCGUGGUACUGCAGUUGCAGAAUGAAGUGGGUGCGUGAUUGGCUGCGCACUCUGCCUCGCAAGGUAAACGUGCGUGGCUUCAUGUGUCAAGGCCCUGACAAAGUCAAAGGAAUGGCUAUUAAGGAUCUGUCGACAGAACUGUUUGAUUGUUCUGAAAAUGAGGUUACCCCCACGUUUGACACCACCACAGUAUCAAACACGCUGCCACCCAGUCGACCCCAGUGGCCUUCAUAUGUGACUAAGAGACCAGUGGUUAAGGGGUCAGAUUUUGGCAAAAACUAUCGGAGUACUACACCAUCAAACAGAAAGAUCAUUACUAUUAGUGUCAAGUCUAGUAGUCCAGAGACAGUACAUAUAUCAUGGAGAGUCUCACAGCCAAUGACAGCCCUCAGACUCAGCUGGCUCAAGCUGGGUCACAGUCCUGCUUUUGGAUCCAUCACUGAGACCAUAGUGCAAGGGGAAAAAACUGAGUACCUGCUCACAGCUCUUGAACCAGAAUCCUCCUAUCGGAUAUGCAUGGUUCCCAUGGAGACAAGUAACAUUUACCUGUCAGAUGAGACACCCGUUUGCAUAGAAACAGAAACAGGCUCACAGAAAGCGUACAACCCCACCACAACCUUAAACAGGGAGCAGGAGAAGGAGCCUUACAAAAAUUCCAGUCUGCCUUUAGCAGCCAUCAUUGGAGGGGCUGUGGCACUUUUGGCCAUAAUCAUGUUGGCCUUGGUGUGCUGGUACGUCCACAGAAAUGGUUCUUUGUUUUCCAGGAAUUGCACCUACAACAAAGGUCGCAGGAGAAAGGAUGACUAUGCAGAGGCUGGGACAAAGAAAGACAACUCAAUCUUGGAGAUUAGAGAGACCUCUUUUCAAAUGAUUCCAAUUAAUCACGUACCAGUGUCCAAGGAGGAAUUUAUGAUACACACGAUUUUCCCACCUAAUGGCUUGAGCCUUUACAAGAGUCCACACAGUGAAAACAACAUUAACAACAGAAGUUACAGAGACAGUGGAAUACCAGAUUCAGACCAUUCCCAUUCAUGA